UGUUCAUCCUACAACUUUGAAGAUACAUCAGUAAAUGUUCAUUUCAGUUGAUGUUAAUCAGAUGAAAACGAUAAAUGUCCUCUGUGUAAAAAAUAUGUCUAACAGCGACAAUAGAUUUGUCGAAUGUGAGGUCUCGUGAAACAUUGUGAAAACAACCCUGAUCACGAAGAACAAACAUAUUCUUGUGACAAGCCUUUCAAAUGUGGAAUAUGUAUCUGUUUAAAGUGUUUCUCUCACAAGUGUCACAUUAUGCAGCAUAUGAGGAUCAACACGGGUGAAAGUCCGUAUCAGUGUGAGGUGUGUUGGAAGAGUUUUCAUCGGAAUAAGAACUUGAAACAGCAUAUGCUGAUUCACACUGGAGCUCUUAAAUUCAAAUGUGAGGUGUGUGCAAAAUGCUUCUUACGUAAUACUAACUUAAAACGACAUAUGUUGGUUCACACUGGUGUUAGGAAUUUUAAAUGUGAGGUGUGUGUGAAGUGUUUUUCACAUAAUGCCCAGUUGACACGACAUAUGUUGGUUCACACUAGUGUUAAGAAUUUUAAAUGUGAUAUGUGUGUGAAGUUUUUUUCACACAAUGCCCAGUUGACACGACAUAUUUUGGUUCACACUGGUGUUAAGAAUUUUAAAUGUGAGGUUUGUGCAACAUGUUUCUCACAAAAGACGAACUUAAAACAACACAUGUUGUUUCACACUGGUGAUAAGAAUUUCAAAUGUGAGGUAUGUGCAAAAUGUUUCUCACAAAAGACAGACUUGAAGAAACAUAUGUUGGUGCACACUGGUGUUAGGAAUUUCGAAUGUGAGAGAUGUGCAAAAUGUUUCUCACGGAAUUUUAACUUGAAACGACAUAUGAUCAUUCACACUGGUGUUAAGAAUUUUAAAUGUGAGGUGUGUGUGAAGUGUUUUUCACAAAAUACCGAAUUGAAACGACAUAUCUUGGUUCACACUGGUGUUAAACAUUUCAAAUGUGAGGUUUGUGCAAAACGUUUCUCACAAAAUACCAGCUUAAAACAACAUAUGUUUGUUCACACAGGUGAUACAAAUUUCAAAUGUGAGGUAUGUGCAAAGUGUUUCUCACAAAAGACCGACUUGAAACAACAUAUGUUUGUUCACACUGGAGUUAGGAAUUUCAAAUGUGAGAGAUGUGCGAAAUGUUUCUCAAGUAAUCAUAACUUGAAACGACAUAUGUUGGUUCACACUGGUGUUAAGAAUUUCAAAUGUGAGGUAUGUGCAAAAUGUUUCUCACAAAAUACCAGCUUAAAACAACAUAUGUUUGUUCACACAGGUGAUAAAAAUUUCAAAUGUAAGGUAUGUGAAAACGGUUUUUCAAGCAAUGCCAACAUGACACGUCAUAUGUUGGUUCACACAGAUAAUAAACCUCUGACGGUUAUCAGCUGAAACGCUGUCUGUUAAUCCAUGUAAAUGAGAAACUUUUAACAAGUUGAAAAUGCACAAACUGAUUUAACAUACAAGACCAUCUUGAAGUGCCUCCUGUCUGUUCAUAUUAAUUACAAAAGUUUGUGGCUCAGUAGUAGUGUGAUGGGUGAUGGGAUCAACACUCGUCAGACUGGUUUAACAUACAAGACCUUGUUGAAGUGCAUCCUUUCUGAUCAUAUUAAUUACAGAGAUGUGUAGCUUAAUAGAAGUGUGAUGGGACAUGGGAUCAACACUCGAGUCUAGAUCUCUUCAUAUUAGUCGGACCUAUUUCAGGUUUUAUCAAACGACACCACCUGCCCAUGUUAAUUAGAGAGAUGUGUAGCUCAGUAAUAGUGUGAUAUAUAUAUAUACUGUCAAACCUGUCUUAAGCGGUCACACAUGGGAGUAGAUGAAAGUGACCGCUUAAGACAGGUGGCCGCUGAUUACAGGUUGCGACAUAUAGUCUUUAAAACAUGUUGUCGUUUCAUGUUUUAGCGUCUGCACUGCUAAUUAAUGGAUGUGUGCUUCAAAGUUUACUAUAAAUAAACUUUAAACAUGUCGCCUCCUUCAGGAAAAACUGCAACUGGA